AUGCAAGAGUUGCUGAUUAAGUUAUUCAAUAUUAUUUGUGAAGAGGAUCAGACCAAAUAGAAGUUUUAUAAAUGCAAUAAUACAUGCGAAUAGUUAAAAUUAAUCACAGAUAUCAUAAUUAAAAAGCAAUCAGAAUUCUUAAGUUUGGAAAAGCAAUUACAGAAAUAUGAAUCUGAAGUCAGAAAAAACAUUAGAGAUUAGUAUCUGAUGCAAUAAUAAUAAGAUGAUUUGUAACAAAAAGUAGAAGAACUAGAAAAAUCAAGAAAUGAAUUUUUAAGUAACACCAAGAAUACUAUUAUUAAAUUGAAAAGAGAAAACGAAGAAUUGUAUUAAAAAUGUAAAUCCUUAACUGCUUAAUUAUAAAAAAUUGAUAAUUAAUCAAUCAGCAAAUAUUCGACUGUAGAGAAUACAAUUACCAAUAUCACUAAUACUCUUGAUUAAGCUAAAUUAAGACCAAAAACGAAUACAACACCUUAGAAAUUGAAAACAGAUGUGGAUACUUCUUAAAAACGAUUAAGUCAAUAACUAAUUAAGCCCAAUUACUUUCAAAAAAAACAAUCCACAUAGAUAUCUAUACAAAAUAAACGACAGUCCUAUUAGUACAUGGAAAAUCAACUAAAUUUAACAACUAGUAUGUGA